GAAGCUGCUAACAUAUUUAUAGACGCUUGGGCAAACAAUAAAGACGUUCAGGAAGCUCUCAACGUUCGUGAGGGAAUAAUCGAAAAGUGGGAAUACACGAACACAAGUAUCCGUUACAAUUUAGAUAAAGAAGACACUAUAUAUUACUCCUACGACGUUUUCAGCAGCAUCACAGACCAUCAACAACUUCUUACCAAGAGCUGUCAAGUCUUGAUCAUUUGCGGUGACCAUGACAUGACAUUUCCAUGCGUUGGCCAACAGAAAUGGAUUUCAAGUCUUAAUCUUUCGAUUGAAAGCCCAUGGGAACCGUGGUUUGUUAGUAAGCGAGUUGCAGGAUAUCAAAUGACAUAUGCUCAAAGUCAAUACUCGUUAAAAUUUGCAACAAUUAAGGGCAUCUCCAACUCAAUCGCUAAUAAAAACUAA